UUAAUCUCCAAAGAAGCCCAAAAUUCAGGAACAGUAUGCAGCAGCCAGGCCGUGUUUUUGUGUUUUCAUUCCGUUCAGGAGACUUCGUCCAAGUAGCUUCCGAAGAGCCUUUUAACUGCCUUUGAGCCAUACUGUUUUGAGCCAAACAUGCCUGGCCUGGCUGCCAAAACAGUUUCAAAAUGGCAGCCUCCAAAGCCAAUCUUUCAAGACUAAUUUCUUCAGGAUAGCAGGCACUUCAAGGGCUAAAACUUCGGUGGGUGGAAACGCUGAAUGUUUACUUGCUAUAGGUGAAUUCAAAGACAACAGGCUUUCUGGAGUGACCUUAUCCUUUAAUGGCCAUCUGUUAAGAGUUGCAGUUACACAUUUUAGUAAUAAAUUACAUUAACUUACAAUUCAGUUUGAGUGCAUUAACAUACAGAAAGUUAUUUUCCACACAAUCAAGCAGAAAAUUAUGCAAAGAAAUAUGUAAUUAAAAAAAAAAAACAGUUUUCACAACGCUGAAAACAGAUUGCACAAGAUUAUAGCUACAUGGAAAAUGGACAUGCAUUUCAAGUUACUAUGAUAUGCUCAUAGCUUUUCUUUUUAGUAAUACCAGAAAGUGGCUUAAGUUGUUAAUUCCACAUGUAUGGUUUCCUUUACAUAAUUUAACUUUUAACAUAGGCGAGAGCCUGAAAAAUGUCACCUUUAAUGAGGUCAGGGAUGCCCUAGCACAAGGGACAACAUCACUACAAGCCCUAAAAACUGAAUGGUAAGAUUACAAUACAGUAAUGGUCAUGUAGCAAACCACACACUGUACCUGCUAAAUCUGCUAGUAAGCAUACCAAAUAAAUCCUGCUGGUAAGUUUAAGCUCAUGCUUACUUAUUGUGCCUGUUUGCCAAAAUUUUGAGACAUUAAUCAUAACAAAGACACAUAACGGCUUUUAAUAUGCAGUCAAGGACAUGUUUAAUUUAGUCUUAGUAGAGCCAAGGGAUCACCAGGUAUUUUAAUAUGGAACAUUUCACUAUUACUGCAAUGCUUGUUAUUGAAAUCUCUACCAAAAAUUUCUGGCUGAGCUCACAAAAGAAGUGAUGUUCUCAAAAAAAUUUCGGGUGCUCAGGGUUCAAGUUUUGUUCCUUCCAUUGAAAGCAUCAGUCUUUCCACCCACCCAGUCCUUUCUUGAAAAUGUGUAAGGUUUUUCUUUAGCACAAAGACAUGUAGUGUUCCUUGUUUAGGUUACAUUAACAGCCAAGUCUCUGAUAUGAACUGUCUGAAAGGGGUCGGUUAUUGUUGUUGUUGUUAAGUCAGGAAUGUGCUUCUACAUUCUUGAUGUGUAACAGACAAAUUAUAUCUGCUGCAUGUGGUAUAACAAAGCAUUUUUCUGACAGGGAAAGAGUUCAAAUAAGAGAAGAGCAGGAGUUGGAACUCAAGCAAUCCCUUGCAAGUGACAAGAAGAAGGAACAGUCUAUGCCAGGAAAAUCAGAUGAUGAUACUGAUGAGGACUAUGAUGUCAAAACCUACAGGAAGGACCAGUCCACGCCAGUGAAAUGCCAUUUGAAUCAAGACUGUGAUGCCAAAGCACAUACAGUAUGUCCCAGAGUAUCAAAUAAAAAUAUUAAAAACUGUAUUUCUCUCGAGGUAUACAUAAUGAUAUGCCGGCCAUCUCAGCUCAAUUGGCCUACUAGUCACCAAAAUACUGAAAUAAGCCAUUCUAGGAAGGAGGGAACAAUAAAGUACAGGUGAUUGAAAAACUGACAUGACUGAUUCAGCCACAAACACAAACUCUAAACUUACUAGGGAAAAAGCCUGCUACACAUGAGAAAUAAAAGUUCUUCAAUCGUUGGAAUCAUAUGAAACAGGAUAUUUUUGGUUUUUGAUUGAUUGUAUUGAGGAGCAUUACUUUAGAAUCCAAAAAAUUGGGUCAAAGGUGUAUAUAUGUUAAUUUUGUUUGAAAUAUUUUUUUCUAUCUACAUGUAUUGCAUUUGUAGUAGUAAUUUUUGUAAUAUCAUUUGUAUCUAAUAUCAUUUUGUACCCCAAAUGCGAUGACUAAAUAUGACGGUAUGUUUUUCGACUCCUUAGAUAAGAGAGGAUAGGGCCAAUCGUGUGCCACCAGAGCCUCAAAAGGGGUACAUCAUAAUUCUUCGCUUUGGCAACCUCAAAUUUCACCGCAAGUUCAAAAGAACUGCCUUGUUCCAGGUAUACACUGAAAAACUACAGUAAAUUUAAUUAAUGUACAUAAUGUGCAAUACUAUUUGUAUUUUAAGCAAACCCCCAGAACAGUAAUGUAAAAGAAUUUGUGUGAAGAGACACAUGCAGGGAUAUAACCAUUUUAGUCAAAGUUGAAAACUCUUCAAUCUGUGGCAAAACAAAGCUCUGCUUCUAGCCACUUUCACAUUUGAGUUUCCAACUUUUAAAGUUUAUCAAAUGUAUGUACCGCAUUUUUUUUUUACCUUGCCCUUUUAAUCUGCUGGCACUUGUUACUAGUUUGAUAUUAUACAUAUUUAUAUUGAAAUACUGUUUUGGUCUAUGUGAAUGACAGGAAGUGUAUGACUGGG